AUGGACAACUGCGGAAGAGCGCGGAGCCAGCCGGCGCCCCCCGCGCGUCCUCUCGCCCGCAGCAGCCCCCUGGCCUCCGGCGGUCAGAGGCUGCAACCCUGUGCGGCCUCUGGUGCCUACUCUCCGUCCGGUACGGCGCCUCCCCACGCGUCCCUGAGGGCUGCCCGGCGGCGGCGGCCAGCGUCCCCGGAGCUGCUGCGCUGUAAGCGGCGGCCGGCUCCGGGGCCGGGGACGCCGGGCCCUCUGAGCCUGCAGCUGCAGCCUCAGCCUCCGCGGCAGCAGCCUCAGCCUCCGCGGCAGCAGCCCGGGCCCGACGCGAGCGCGGGGGUAGGAGCGGCGGCCGUGGCACGGCGCAACGAGCGGGAGCGCAAUCGCGUCAAGCUGGUGAACCUGGGCUUCCAGACGCUGCGGCAGCACGUCCCCAACGGCGCAGCCAGCAAGAAGAUGAGUAAGGUGGAGACCCUGCGCUCGGCCGUCGAGUACAUCCGUGCCCUGCAGCAGCUGCUGGCGCGGCAAGACGCCGCGGGUGCCACUUUCCCCGAGAGCCUCCUGGGCGCGGGGGCCUCUGGCCCGGCAGGGUCCCCGCAGCCCCCCGGGGCUGGGGCCCCGUGCGGGGGCAGCGGGGGCCCCUGCCCCUAUUCAGGCUCGUAUGCGUCGGGCUCCUCCUCCUUCGACUCGUCGUCCCCUGGCCGAGAGGGCAGCUCGGUGCCAGGCUCCCCUCGCUCGCCGUACUCGUCAGACGAGAGCGGUUACGAGGGGGCGCUGAGCCCCGAGGAGCAGGAGCUGUUGGACUUCACCAGUUGGUUCGGGGGCUACUGAGAGGGCGUGUGCGCCGCCCCUCCUCCCCCCCCCCAGCAGCACUGAAUGCCGAGAGCACCCAGUCAGUACCUGAGGGCCUUCCUUGCUUCCCUACCUGUGAAGGAGCUGCAGAAAGCCUGACCUUGCUACCUGCCAAAGAUUCACCCUGGCUGCUGGACGGCGAGGGACCCAGGAAGCCUGUGCUUUAA